GUAUGGUAUUCAGUUGCUAUUAUCAGCUAUUAAGCCUCAACGGGGACAUGUUUAACAGGUUUUAGAUUCGAGGUUUUUAACAUUAACACCUUUUUUUUAAUGUGUGUUUUUUAACAUCUUCCAUGUCCCUUCUGGGGUCCCAUACUCCAAAGAUCUCCUCGGUCCAAAAAUGUUUUCCCAUAUAUUCGGCAUUAUCUUGCUAACAUCAGUUCAAUAAAUUAUCCACAAAUAAAUUUGUGUUUUAUUGUGAUUGUAACAAAUUAAAUGGUUUCAAAUAUCAAGCAAAAAAUAUGAGUAUCAUUUUCGGCACCUGCAAUUUUAGAGUUACUGUACUGGUAUCGAAAUUUCACCCACCUGUACUCGAGGCUAAUUAAGAGUUUUAUGAGAUUAAAUCUUUACUGUAUUUUUAUCAGUUCGCUUACAAAAUACAACAAUUAAGUUAUACUGCGUAUUAUUUCAAAUGUGAGAUGAACAUCGUAUCCAUCCGUCCUCAUGAAUGUGAAUGAACGUCAACAUAAGAUGAUGGAGUCAAUGCAGGCAUCCGUCAUCUUGUGUGAGACAGCGCCGUGCUUCCCCCACGGCAGUAAUAUAUUAGCACCCUCACUUCGUUUUUUACACUCUUUUUACAGUUAAAGUCCGUCUUAAUAACAUUUGAAUAGUUAGGGUGUACAAAAUGCUACACGCUGAUAGGUUUUGUCAAGCCGGACGGUAGGAUACUUUCCCCGUACCAUUGGCUAGCUUAGCGCUGUCGUGGUCCUCAAGCAAGUCCGAGGUCUGAAGGCCUCUCGCCUGGAAGUGCAACCACAUAUUUAAUAAUUGAGUUGCAGAGAUGACAGACAGUGCAGGGCUGCAGUUUGUCAGCCCUUAUGCAUUUGAAGCCAUGCAGAAGGUGGACGUGCAGCGCCUGGCUGCCCUGAGUGACCCCGAGCUGAGGCUGCUGCUCCCCUGCCUGGUGAGGAUGGCUCUGUGUGCCCCGGCUGACCAGAGCCAAUCCUGGGCACAGGACAAGAAGCUCAUCCUCCGUCUCCUCUCGGGAGUGGAAGCCGUCAACUCCAUCGUAGCGCUGUUGUCUGUUGAUUUUCACGCUUUGGAACAGGAUGCCAGGAAAGAGCAGCAACUCAGGCACAAGGCCGGCGGCUCUAAUGUGGAGAGCAUCCUGGUGUCCCAACUGCAGCAUGGUCUCACCUUGGAGUUUGAACACAGCGAUCCUCUCAGGAGACUCCGUCUGACCCUCAGCGAGCUUUUGACCAUCAUGAGUAAGGUGGCGGAUUCAAACGGAGAGUUCUUCCUGAAGUCGUCAGAACUCUUUGAAAGCCCCGUCUACUUGGAGGAGGUUGCAGAUGUCCUCUGCAUUCUGCAAGCAGAGCUGCCUUCCCUGCUGCCAAUAGUGGAUGUGGCGGAGGCUUUGCUGCAUGUCCGCAACGGAGACUGGUUUCUGUGUCUGCUGGUUGCCAAUGUGCCCGACAGCUUCAAUGAAGUCUGCAGAUGUUUGAUCAAAAACGGAGAGCGCCAGGAUGAGGAAAGCGUUGGCGGUCGACGCAGGACGGAAGCCCUGAGGCAGCUGUGCCAGAUGAACCCCUCACAGGCCCUCAACAUCCGCGCCAUGGUGGUGGAGGAAUGCCAUCUUCCCGGUCUUGGGGUGGCUCUGACUCUGGAUUACAAACCAGAUACAGCAGACGAGGCCGUCAGUCCCCUGGUCUCUUACGUCAGCGGCUUGCUGCUCGGCACCAACAGCAAAGUCCGCACCUGGUUCAGCAUGUUCAUUCGCAACGGGCAACAGAGAAAGAGAGAAAGCAGCUCGGUGCUGUGGCAGAUGCGCAGGCAACUGCUGUUGGAGUUGGUCGCCAUCCUGCCUCGCUCGCGCAGCACUCAUGUGGCCAAUGACGGCGACGUGGACGAGGAGGGCGGCUCCGGGUACUCUGGCCUCAGGGAGGAGCAUGUGGUGAAGGCGGGCGCUCUGCUCCGACUCUACUGUGCCCUCAUGGGCAUCGCCGGCCUCAGACCGACGGAUGAAGAGGCAGAGCAGCUCCUGCAGCUGAUGACGAGCCGACCUCCAGCUACUCCUGCAGGCGUUCGCUUUGUUUCCCUGUCCUUCUGCAAGCUGCUGGCCUUCCCCACGCUUGUCAGCACUCCAGAACAGGAGCAGCUCAUGGUCAUGUGGCUCAGCUGGAUGAUCAAAGAGGAGGAGUACUUUGAGAGCGCUGCGGGUGUAUCUGCCUCUUUUGGAGAGAUGCUGUUACUGGUUGCCAUGUAUUUCCAUAGCAACCAGCUCAGCUCCAUUAUUGAGUUGGUGUGCUCUACAUUGGGGAUGAAGAUUGCCAUCAAACCAAGCUCUCUUAGCAAGAUGAAGACUAUCUUCACACAAGAGAUCUUCACAGAACAGGUGGUGACCGCCCAUGCAGUGAGGGUUGCGGUGACCAACAAUCUGAGCGCCAACAUCUCAGGUUUCCUCCCCAUUCAUUGUAUCUACCAGCUGCUUCGGAGCCGAGCCUUCACCAAGCACAAAGUGUCCAUCAAGGACUGGAUCUACCGUCAGCUGUGUGAGACAAACACCCCCAUCCACACCCAACUGAUUCCCCUCGUUGACGUGUACAUCAACUCCAUCCUCACUCCGGCGUCCAAGGCCAACCCGGAGGCCACAAACCAACCAAUCACAGAGCAGGAAAUCCUCAGCGUUUUCCAGGCCUCUUCUGGCCAGGGAGACAGCCGAGGAGGACGACAACGCUACUCCAUCACCACCCAACUUCUUAUCCUCUACUACAUCCUGUCAUACGAGGAGAACCUGUUGGCUAGCACCAAACAGCUGGCUUUAAUGCAGAAGAAACCCAAGUCAUACUCUGCAGCUCUGAUGGACCAGAUCCCCAUAAAGUACUUAGUUACCCAAGCCCAGGGGCUGCAACAGGAGCUUGGGGGCCUGCACUCUGCCCUGCUGAGGCUGCUGGCCAUCAACUACCCUCACCUCUGUCUCGUGGAGGACUGGGUGUGCGAAGAGGAGGUGACGGGGACCCUGCCCCUGCUGAGGAAGAUGAUGCUCCCCCGCAACACCUGCAGAUAUACUCAGAGCCAGCUCCACCAGGCCUUCCAGAAGUUACCGUCCAGCAGUCCCAGGCUGAUGCGAGUCCUGGAGCAGUUGACACUCCUGACACCCGGAGACCUGAUCCCUUACUCGGAGGCCCUCACCGCCAGCAUGGCUCUGCUGCUGGAACCCGCCGUGCCACGCCGCGUUCUGCAGACGCUCAACAAGCUUUGGAUGGGCCUCAACACCGUGAUGCCUCGCAGGCUGUGGGUGAUGACGGUGAACGCCCUCCAACCUUCGGCAAAGUUGCUCCGACAGCAGACGUACACGCAGAACAAUCUGAUGGUGGAUCCUCUCAUCGUGCUGCGCUGUGAUCAGCGGGUGUACAGGUGUCCUCCUUUAAUGGACAUUGUCCUUCACAUGCUGAAUGGCUACCUGCUCGCCUCAAAGGCCUACCUGCACAGCCACUUGAAGGAGACGGCAGACUUUGACAGACAAAGCCAGACGGUCUCAAAUCUGGGUGUACCCGGUCAGCCAGAUACACCCGAGGUCACCCGGGAGGAGCUUAAGAACGCUCUUUUAGCAGCGCAGGAUAGUGCAGCCGUCCAGAUUCUUCUGGAGGUGUGUUUACCCACCUCAGAGGAGCAGCAGCUGGGAGCAAACCCCGAAAGCCUUCUGAGGGGCAUCAGGGGCCCCACGGCAGGGAGAACGGAACAAAGGAGCCCGAUGCCGAGAGCCAAGGAGGGCUUGAGGGACGCUGAGCCGGAAGGAGGCUUGCUGAGCGAUUUGAGGGAGGUGCAGUGCCUCAUCUGUUGUCUCCUACACCAGAUGUUCAUCGCCGACCCCAACAUUGCCAAACUGGUCCACUUCCAGGGUUACCCUCAAGCUCUGCUGCCUCUAACAGUGGCAGGCAUCCCUUCCAUGCAUAUCUGUCUGGACUUCAUCCCAGAACUGCUGGCCCAGCCCCAACUGGAAAAGCAGAUUUUUGCCAUCCAGUUGCUGUCGUACCUGUGUAUCCAGUAUGCCUUGCCCAAGUCGCUCAGUGUGGCCAGAUUGGCCAUCAGUGUCAUGGGUACUCUCCUCACAGUGUUGACUCGUGCCAAGCGCUUUGCAUUCUUCAUGCCCACCCUGCCGUGCCUUGUGGCCUUCUGUCGGGCCUUCCCUCCGCUCUAUGAGGACGUGACAGCCCUGCUUGUACAAGUGGGUCAGGUUUGUGCCUCCGACGUGGCCACCAAAGCCAGGGACAUUGACCCUCUCGUCGCUCGUUUGCAGUAUUUAAAGGAGAAGCCACGAGAUGGUUCAACAGAUGGUUCCACCAAGCUAACCCUCCCCCAAAAGUCAGCAGUGGAACUGGGAGGAGCUGACCCGGAUGUCCAGAUCUGCUACUGUCUGGAAGCUACCUUCAUGGACAUUAUCAUCUCCACCCUGCAUGGACUAUAGAGCAAGCGGACACGCAGUGCGGUAUACACUGCCGAGAGGGCUCUUUGUUGGUUCGUUUGUGUAGAUCAAAUGGGACUUGACUUAUGCUGUGGUGUCAUACAUUGUUUAUCCACUAGGGGGUAGCUUAGCUCAGGGGUAUCAUGGUCUCUAUCCCACAUGAUCAGUGUGUGAAUGAGCUGUUCUUUCCUUUCAUAGCUACAUACUGGAUGCCUCAAAAGCAGUGUUGGGACUAAAUGUGCCAGCUUUGAGAAGGAUUAAAAAAAAAAAACUUUCCCUGGUAGCUAAUUAAAUUGACAAAGUAGUAAUUCUAUUACAAAUUAAACUACUUUUUGGGGUGAAAGUAUUUUCAAGUAUUUUUCCCAACACUGCUUAAAGAAAGAAAAGUGCUAUAAGCUCAUUUACAUCUGCCAUUUGUCAUCCAUCAUUUCAGGACAACAGCCAGUACUGUAGAAAUACACACGCUGCAUUAUUUAAUGAAAUCAUCAUUAUUGCGAGUUUGUUCAGUCAGGUAUAAUUAUGUUCUUUAUCUCGGCUGUAGAAAGUAAAUUAGGUCAAAUCAAGUUUUGUUGACUACUAUUUUUAAUACAUGUGAACUUUUUCAGCCAAACGGGACAUUCUUUUUGUGUCAUAUGUAGGCUUGUAUUUGUUUGUAAUAAAACAAAGAAA